ACUCUCAAUGGUAAAACCGGCAUCUUUGCAAUAGCUGUGGUUAUAAUUUUUGUAUCAAUUAUAAUUAUUACAUUCAUUGUACGAAUCAUUCAAUUUCCCCACCUUCGCCAACAAGUUAUCAAUUAUUUCAUUGCUGACUGCACUCAAAGCGCCCCCACAAGAAUACUUAAGAUGAUCAUUUUCUUGUUUCUUACUGCCGGAUUGGUAGGAGUAAUUUAUUUUAAUGUUUAUAAAAUGGUUAAUUAUCCCCCAAAGUUAUCUAUGAGUUUGGAAGAAAAUGAUUCUUUUCCAUCUAUGCUUUUUUGCCCAGUCUAUAAAGACGCUAGUUUCGAAAUUGUAUCUGCAAAUUAUUAUGAAAGUGUUUACAAUAUUAAUAAUAAAAAUCCACUUGUUAAUUUAAUUGACUCGAAAGUUUUUCAGGAUAUUCCAGGAGAUAAUAGUGAUUGUAAAUUUUUUAAUGGUACAUUGUUCCCAUCAUUCUUGAAGAAAAAGAAUUUUGCUGGAGGAGUUUAUAUACUAGUCUUUAAUCGUUUCAAUUCUUCCUCUGUUGUCAUUUACAUGGGUGAUAACAACGUGGACUGGAUAAACUUCAUUCCUCAAGGGAAAAAAUUCAGUGAUGUUGAAUCUAUAACAUUACAAACAGAGGGUAGAAAUUUUCAAUAUACAGAAACUCGUAUUCGAGCCAUAAAUGGAACCAUAUAUCGAAAUUUCCAGAUGUCCUUUAAAGGUAAUCUUCUCACUACCACCGACGAUACUGUUGGACUCAUGAUCAAAGCACCAGCACGUGUCACGACAAUGAUUUUAAGGCCAUCCCUUACACUAGUUGAACUUUUUAGUAACAUUGGUGGUUAUCUUAGCAUCUGGGGAAUUGUUGUAUUUCUUUUUGGUCGUGGCAAGAUGGACCCAUUCGGAUUUGUCUCACGCUUUGUAUUCAUAGAACAGGAUAAAACGAAGCUUCUUAAAGAAUUGAAGAAAAUAAAUUAUGAUAAAAGUAUUAAACAAAAUAAGAUUGAUAUUGUUACCGAAACAAGUAAUCUUGACGAUCAAGUUGAAUUAGAAAACCUGCUUGCGAAAUACUAUAUUCACAUGGAUUUCUAUAAACAUGCUGUCAAGACGUCCGACGUAUAAUAAAUACAGUAUAAUAAUAAGUUGUACAUUAAGUAUAUUAUAUAACGUAGACUUUUGCAACAUUUCUUUUUGUUUAAACGGAUGCAAAUCUGGAUAUCCAGAUAUCAAUCCUAAAUGUUAAUCCGGAUGGUAAAAUCUGGAUACUCAUAAGAUAUUCACUGAAUUACUUAAAAAUUUAUUUAUUCAAACUCAUUUAUAAUUUAUUGAAUAAUUACUGUAUAUUAUAAUUUGUAUGUUUUUUAUCAUAGAAAUCAAGAAACUGAAUUAUUAUUG